AAGUUAAAAAUAAAAAAAAAAGAAAAAAAAAAACGGCAGAAAUUAAAGCCGCUUUUCAUAAAGUGCAAUCAUUUGUAGAAGACACCCCCCGAAAAGGCUCACACAGGAACAUUGUGUACGUAUAUUUUUUAAAGUGUACGUACGUACAUAUGUACAAAAUAAAAAAAACGGCAGAAAUUAAAGCCGCUUUCAUAAAGUGCAAUCAUUUGUAGAAGACGCCCCAAAAAGGCUCACACAGGAACAUUGUGAAAAGUAGGCAGAAGCAAUCUUCCUUAGAUAGUUACGUAUGUACGUAGCCUCACUCGAAAGGUAAGCUUCCACAUUUUACGUACAGUAUAUUUCUUGUUACCAUGUACACUAAUAUACACUUUAUUUACAGGUUAUAUUUUGCAUUUUUUUAUUAAUUUAGGUAUUGAAUGGUCCAAAUUGUUGUAGUAUUUCAUUGUUUAUAGGUCAAUUUAGCUUUAUUAUGAAAUUUACUGGGGUGUUUUUGGAGGGCUUGGAACGGAUUAGCCAUUUUACAUAUAAAAUGUGGUCCAAGAUACGAAAACCUCAUGAUACGAAAGGCGCCUCAGAACGGAUUAAUUUCGUAUCUCGAGGUACUACUGUACACUGGCUGGUCGGGCAAUUGAUGAGGUAAGCUUGCACAUAGAGCUUACUUUCUUUUUUUUUCUUAUUAGAAUCAUAGAAGCAAUCCUGCUCCUUCCUCUAGCAAGGGGAGGAAGGAGACUGGCAAUAAUGCAAACCCUUCCCAGAACUUUGUAUUAAUGCCUCCGACUCUAAAUAUUCUUCCCAGCCCAUUUUCGGAUGAGUUACGAUUCCUUACUCAUUUCAAAAAGGCCCAGAAGACUGACUCUUGAUCAUGCAGCUCUAUACUCCGAUCAAGUUGUCAGAGGCAGGGCACUCCUCCUCGCUCUUACGACCAGGAGGAAUAGCCUAGGUGUGCAGAACUCCAGUCAGUUCUAGAGGCUCACUCACAUUCCUCCCACCAAUCAGUGAGUCUUCCAUAUGUAAAGGACUGAGGGUUUGUAAAUCAUGUAGGAACAAAUCACAAUUUUUGAAAGUAAAUUGUAUUUAUCUUAACUACAAACCUGAGGUCCUUUACAUUUAUGCCCACCUCAUGGCCACCCCUCAAUCUGAACCUGGUCCUACCUGCCUGCCACACGGUACUUACUGCCUAACCAUGUUGUUUAAAAAUUUAACGGCUGUAAUUCCAGCGACGCUGAAAGUAAUUCCUUAUGUAAAGGACCUCAGGUGUGUAUAGUUAGGAAAAAUGCAAUUUACUUUUAAAAAUUGUGAUUUCGGUUUUCGUAUGUUUCGAUUUUCGUGGGAGGUUCUGGAACGGAUUAUGUACGAAAACCGAGGUUCCACUGUUUCUUGUAAAAGACUCCCCAGAAGGGGUUGUGAAUAGUCAUUUUUAUUGCAGUGUCUUACCAAACAAUUAUACAGCCAUAAGUUCCCUACAGCUGUAUAAUUGUUUGGUAAGCAUGUAAUAAAAUUUCAUUUUACUAUUAUGAAAAUUCCAUUUUCAACUUCUCGUGAAAGGUAGGGAAAAAUUUUCAGAAUCUUGUUUCUUACACUAUAUGCAUUUACAUAUAUUCUUUCCUUUGGUGUUUUUUUUUUUUUUCUUGAAUUGGCCAACCUUUAAGGUUACCCGGCUUGGGGUGCAGCAUACUGAUUUUUUACCCUCGUCCACUAAGGGUUAAGUGGUUACAAAUAGGUUUUUCUGCAUAAAUAUUUUACUUCUGACAGCCUGACUGAUGCCUGAACUGGGGACUUACGGAUACACUUGCUUUAGUCUGUAGGAUAUUGUAUAUUGAUUGUUACUUGGGAAAUAAUUAAGUCUUUAUACUAAUGUAAGCCUAAUACAUUUCCUGUAUGUAUAUUCAUAAUGAUCAGUUAUCUUGCAGAUAAAUUGUGACGCUCCAACGGCAGAUUUGGUUAAAGGACCUUGGAAAUUGAAGUUGAAAUAAAUAACUGUCAAAAAGGAAGUGCAUUUCUUGGUCUUGUUGGGAACUUGUUGUGACUGCUGUCCAUUUUAUUUUUCUAUAAUUCGCGAAGCAUCAAAUGCAGACUUGGUGAGUGAGAGGUCCUUGGAAAUUACAGUUAUGGUACAAAAUUAUCGAAAAGGAACCUUAUUCCUUGGUCUUGUUGGGAACUUGUGAGGGCCAUCGUUCAUUUUAUUUUGCUAUUCUUCAAAAAACAGAUGAAAUGUCCUUUGGAUCCUAAGUAGGAUUGAGUAUUGAACAUAUAACAUCCUGUGGAAAUGGAAGCCGAAGGAUCGUCAUCAUUGCUGCUACUCAAAGAAGAGAAGGAGGAUCUGGAGGAGGGUCCAACAGAAAAUGCAGAUGACAACUCUUCGUUUGCAGACCCCUUGUUAGAAUUCAAGGCAGAACCAGAAUUUUUUGACUAUGGUGAUUUUGAUGUGAACUGUUAUUCCCAAUCUAAUAUUAAGUGUGAAAAGGACAGCUCUCCAAGUUGUGAUGAUGAGAGCAUAAAGGAAAAGAUCUGUAUUGGAGGAGAAAAUAGACAUUUGGGUAGAAGUAACACAGCAGGGAAGCAAUUAACUUGUAUUGAAUGCCAAGGGAAAUUUUCAAAUAUUGACAAGCUGAAAUCCCACAUGAGAACUCAUAUGGGAGAGAAACCAUUUACUUGCUCUGUAUGUCAAAAAAAUUUUUCUACUUCAAGUACUCUCAAAUGUCACUUGAAAACUCAUACGGGAGAGAAACCAUAUACUUGUUCUGUAUGUCAAAAAAGUUAUUAUGAUUCAAGAACUCUCAAACAUCACAUGAGAACUCAUACGGGAGAGAAACCAUAUACUUGCUCUGUAUGUCAGAAAAGUUUUUCCAAUUCAAGCCAUCUCAAAAGACACAUGAGACCUCAUAUAGGAGAGAAACCAUAUACUUGCUCUGUAUGUCAAAAAAGUUUUUCUUAUUCAAGUGCCUUCAAAUGUCACAUGAGAACUCAUACGGGAGAGAAACCAUAUACUUGUUCUGUAUGUCAAAGAAGUUUUUCUCAAUCAAGUACUCUCAAUUGUCACAUGAAAACUCAUACAGGAGAGAAACCAUAUACCUGCUCUAUAUGUCAAAAAAGUUUUUCUCAAUCAAGUUCUCUCAAAUAUCACAUGAAAACUCAUACAGGAGAGAAACCAUAUACUUGCUCUGUAUGUCAAAAAAGUUAUUAUGAUUCAAGUGCUUUCAAAUAUCACAUGAAAACUCAUACAGGAGAGAAACCACAUACUUGCUCUGUAUGUCAAAAAAGUUUUUCUGUCUCAAGUACCCUCAAAAAUCACAUGAGAACUCAUACAGGAGAGAAACCAUAUACUUGCUCUGUAUGUCAAAAAAGUUUUUCUGAUUCAAGCCAUCUCAAAAGACACAUGAAAACUCAUACAUGAUAGAAAGCAUUCACUUGCCAAACAAUCUCAAAAGACACGAGAAUACACACUAGAUAGAAACUGUAUAAUGCUUGAUCUCUGUCCAAGAAUUUUUAUUGAAUGCUUAUAUAUAACUGCUGUAAUUUGAAUAUUGUUAAGAGAGAACUUAUGUAACAAUUGUAAGUGAAAAUUCGUUUGUCGUAAUUGUGGACAAGGAAAGGCUCUUUCUUCAUCGGGGUGGGAGGCAACUUUUAUUUAUGAAAUCAGAUAAGUGCAGCAAGUAUAAAAUGAUUAUAUUUGCUUUAUGAGGAAAAUAGUUUCUUGUUCCUACAUGU